AUGGAUGAGAAAGGGGUCAUCCGGUGCCGCGGCCGUAUCGGUGCUGCGCCAUAUGCACCGAUGGAAGCUAAGUUCCCAAUCAUCCUUCCUAGACAACAUCAAAUAACCUUCCUCAUUGUAGACUGGUACCACCGCCGCUUUCGCCACGCCAAUCGAGAGACCAUUUUCAACGAGAUUCGUCAACGUUUCGAGAUAGCUGCUCUCAGACGUCUACUAGAUAAAGUCCAACGUGCGUGUCUACACUGCCGCAUAGCGAAAGCAAAUCCAAGUCCACCAGCGAUGGCACCUCUUCCUGAGACCCGUUUGACUGCUUUCCUGCAUCCGUUUACUUUCACCGGAUUGGACUACUUUGGACCAUUAAUUGUAAGAGUAGGCAGAAGCAACGUGAAACGAUGGGUGGCUCUUUUUACGUGCCUCACCAUCCGAGCAGUCCAUAUGGAGGUAAUAUACUCGUUAACUACCGAGUCAUGUAUCAUGGCGGUACAACGCUUCGUGGCACGCAGAGACAAGCCUAGGGAAAUUUGGACCGACAACGCCACCUGCUUUCACGGUACACAUAACGAGAUGAAGGCGCAUCAGAAAGCAUUGAACAUAGCAUUGGCGGAAAAAUUCACUACCGCUGAGACAACCUGGAAAUUUAUCCCGCCAGCGUCUCCACACAUGGGCGGCGCGUGGGAAAGGCUCGUUCGCUCGGUGAAAGUCGCAUUAGGAGCAAUCUUGGAAAGCCCACGUAGGCCAGACGACGAGACAUUGGAGACAAUUCUGUUAGAAGCGGAGGGCAUGAUUAACGCCAGACCACUCACUUACGUUCCUCUGGAGUCAGCGGAUCAGGAGGCUAUAACGCCAAACCACUUUUUGUUGGGUAACUCAUCAGGUACAAAAUUUUUACCAACUGAACCGCUAGACGGCCGCGUAGCGCUCCGAAGCAGCUGGAAAAUGGCUAGAUGCAUUGCCGAUGAUUUCUGGCGAAGAUGGCUCAAAGAGUACCUUCCGACAAUUACUAGAAGAGGCAAGUGGUUCGAAGAUGUAAGGGACGUGAAGAUUGGUGACCUGGUACUAGUAGUUGGCGGAACGGGGCGGAACCAGUGGUUAAGAGGUCGGAUCGAAGAAGUUUUUCCAGGGCGCGAUGGCAGAGUACGACAGGCGUUGGUACGAACGUCUUCGGGAAUCUUGCGUAGGUCAGCUGUGAAGUUGGCUGUACUGGACGUCGAGGAACAAAGUAAACCCGGUUCCAGUGAUCCAGAAAUCUGUUACUCUCACCAAGGUUUACGGGUGGGGGUAUGUCACGACGGGACCCCUCAACACAGUACCACUGUUGAUAUCGGUACCAGCGAUAGCCCUAUUUCGCUCAUCCAAAGGGAACACGCUCGCCAGAAACCGCCUGCUAGAAACUGUACAUAA